AUGGCGCCGCAGGGUGUCGGUGGCAAGCGGCUCUCCACCAUUCUUGGCGAUCAGUCGCUGGAGCUCAACAUACGAAUUGGGCUGAACAGCGGCAAGAUUCGGGCAGGAGUGGUUGGUCUGGACAAACCUCGAUACAAGCUUUUCGGGGACACCGUGAACACGGCGAGUCGGAUGGAGAGUACUUCCGAGCCAGGAUGCACCCAGAUCACGGAGGCCACACAAGCCAGGUUGAGCGACACCUUCUACACAGAGGAGCGUGGCGAGAUCGAAGUGAAAGGAAAAGGCACACUGAGGACGCACUUCUUGCGCGGGUACAACGUCAUGGAGCAAUCCCAGAGUUUGACGAUAUCAUCGCACAAGAUGCAGGACUCAGUCACCAUUCGGGUGGGGCAGAAGGCCCACAAAGUCCAGUUCUCAGAGGGAGGUGAAGAAAGCAAGUCGUUAGCAGUGGUACCAGGAAAGAGGCUGCUUCGAAGAGCUGCAGGCAAUGCUUUGAAGGAGCUGAUGGCGACCAUGCCACAGCACAGCCAGGACUUUCUCGCUGGCUUUGCCCAUAUGCACCAGACCAAGCCCCUCAGUAACUUUUCUGUGCGGUCUUCGAAGUGGUAUGACUGGCUGGACAUGAAGCUUCUCAUGGUGCCAGAUUCCUCCAAAUCGCCAGAGAUGCUUCAGACUCUGCGAGCAGACAAGUACGAAUUCAAGCAGAGCUCCCUGGAUCGGCGGAUCUUCUUCGCGCGGACACUGAUCAUUGCCUGGCACGUCUUGAUCGCAGCGGCAGGGACUCUGGACUAUGCCUUUGACAUUGGUUCUCGUGACUGGGAGCGCUACCGUUUGGGCGUGAUGGUGAGAACUUGGGGAAUCCAAGUCAUUGGCUGGGUUCACCUCUGUCUCCUCAUGGACAAAGACCGCUUUCAUCGGCGUGGCAAGCUCAUCACAGUAGUGAUGCUGGCACUUCAAGGUGCUUCCAUAGAGGUCCUGAAUGUCUUGAUUUACAACAAUGAACCCUCUUUCUAUAUGAUGUAUGGUCUGUACGUACUCUUCAGUAAGUCCUGCCCGUUUACUGUCCGGGUGCUCCUCUGUUUCGUGUCACUGAUGACCUGGGCCUUUGUCGACAAUGUGCAAUGCGACUGGCAAGUACGUCAGCGUGCUGCGGAGUAUGUAAGUUACACUGGUGCGGUGUUCCUGCUGACAGCAGCUGGCAUCAGGAUGCAGGAGCACCUCGAUCACUGUGCAGCUUGGUCAAGCAGACUUCUACAAGCGGCACGUGCAGAGACGCAUUCGGGAAAUCUCAGCAACUUGGCGAUGCUUAACCUUACAGACUUAACGCUGCCAAAAGCUCGCGUCGCCGACGGUGCCUGUGGUGCCGUCUCAGUGCUGUUGAGUGGAGUGCAGAAUGACUGUGAGUUCUUGGCGCUCCCUCAGGACACGAAGCUGGGAAGCCAGACCCUGUUGGCCAAGAUUCUGCCUCCUCAUGUUGUCGAGUUGGUAAAUGCCCCUUCGGCUGCAUUGCAAAGACCACAUUUCCAGAGGAGUGGAAUACUGUCGGUUGCUGAAAUCAAGUUCUGCGGUGUAAGCCCUCCAGCAGCUGGAUCCUGCUGGUCGCAUUCAGUGUACUGCUGUAGACUCUACGGCGUAGAGUUCAACGAGAACGUAUCACCGAUUGCAGAAGACUUUCCAGACGUCACCAUUGUGUUCACAGAUCUGAAAGGCUUCACGGCCUUUUGCUCCCGCAUCACUCCAACGGAACUGGUGGAGUUGUUGAACCUGCUCUACUCUGCCUUUGACGAAGUCAUACUGGAGUGGGGCCUGUACAAAGUGGAAGUCAUCGGAGACGCCUACUUUAUCUCAUCGGGUUGCCCCGCACGGGAGGAGGAGUCGAACUUCCCCGACGAGUUUGCCAUGCGAGCCGUGGAGGAGCUCGACGAGUGCUACUAA